AUGUCUUACGUGCAAUUGGUUCUUGGCGAUAACUGGGGCAAUCAAAUAGUAUUACCUUAUGAAACAUGGAAAUCGCUGAUGCAGAAACGUGCGGACAUUGAACGGCUCUACAGACGUCUCAACCUCCAUUGCAGAUUUGAGAUAAACAUUAAUAUAUUUAAACGUAUUUCUAAGCGCAUUCUGUUCGUUUUCUGUUUGAAUUACAUCAGUUCUCUUUUUUUUAAUCCUUUUUAUUACAUCAAGUUCUCAAAUACUAAAGAAGAAAAAAGUACAUCCAAGUUUCUUUAUAGGUUAACCUCCAAGCUUGAACCAUGCAGAAGGAAAAUAAAACAUUACGAAUUACAGAUUUUAAAAGAAAAAAAUGGAUACAAGUACAGAGACUUUAGUACUAGUACUAAAGAGAGAAACGAACUAAGUACUUGGUGUGAGGAAAGUACAUGUUUAUUAUUAGAUAAAUAUGAACAAUAUUUACCUUUAGUUGGACCAAUGAAGCAAUUCAAAUGUAAAAAAUCAAUGUGGAUACAAAUAUCGAAUGAUAUUGCAACAGAAUUAAAUAUUGUACGAAGCAGUGUGCAAUGUGAAAAUCGUUAUAAAAUUAUUUUAAAACGUAAAAUGCAAUCUGUAAGAAACAAUCAACAAUCAGGUGCAAAACGAACAAAAGUGGAAUUCGAAGAUGAGUUAAACAAGAUAAAGGCUAUUGAUGAUAGUGUAGAACCUGAGAUAUUGCAAGGUCCAGGAAAAAUAAUUGAAAAACAUAAAAAAAGUAAUGAAUAAAGAAAAUACAAUGAAUUGACAGUGGAGAAGACAACGAAAAAAAAAUGUAUAAGUGAAACUUUAUUGCAGUUUCAAAAAGAUGAAGA